UCCAGGCGAUCUUGUGAUUUGCUAUCAUGGCGUACGUGAAUGUCGCUUCAUGGACCAGUGAUCAGGUAGCAGAAUGGAUAAAAGGCCUGUCGGACCACGAGGCGAUGCAGUCGUACGCUCGUCACCUGCAGGCUGCCAACAUUACCGGCAGCCGGCUGCUGCAGCUGCGUCCCGGGGAGCUGCGGCAGCUGCACAUCACCCGGGUCGGGCACCAGGAGGUGAUCCUGGCGGCCAUAUCGCGGCUACAGACGCUGCACUUCACACUCAACUCAGAAAACCUACAGCAGCUAGCGAUGCGUCUGUGCAGCAAGGCCCGCUGUCUGUAUAACGAGCUGUGUCGCGAGCAGCCGCCGGUGGCGCCCGGGGGUAGACAGAGGGUCACCGUGCCCAUCCUGGAGGCCGUCACUGACACCAUGACCUCGGUCAAGGACAUCAUCGGGUGGCUCAACACGGCGCCAUUCGACGGUCAGGAUCAGUUCACGGAGAUGAAGUCACGGAUCCUCGAGCCCAGUAUCGAGCUAGUGAUUAACGCCCAGCGAGACAGCUUUGCCGUGCGGCCUGUGGACGGCAUUCGCGCCGCCUCCAAACAGCUGGCCGAUGUGUGCGAUUCCGUCAUACAGGACUGUUGUGACUCUCUAUCCCUGCUGCCGGCUCCACUGCUCAUUAUGACCAUCAAACGCAAACCGGAUGAACCACUGGGCCUACACAUCGUGCGAGCCAUCUCUGGCGUCCCGAUCAUCACCGGGGUUAAGUUCCAGUCGCCGGCGCACCACUGCGGGAAGCUGGAGGAGGGGGACGAGAUCGUCCAGGUCAACUAUCAGACGGUGGUGGGCUGGCAGCUGGGCAAGGUGAUCGACCUGCUCCAGGACAAGGAGUCCGGCACGGACGUCUACCUCACCGUCAAGAAGCGGCCGAAACACUCGAACCUGAUUGACCAGGUGUACUUUAAGCAGUUCCGACUGCCCAACAAGAAGCGAACGCCGUAUAGGUGGAACUCGUCGCCGAGACCGGACCUGCUCGCGUCGCUGCCCAAGAUCACACUGCCGCCCAAACUAUCAUCACCUGAGGCGCUGGAGGCCGAGCUGACACCCCAGCCAUCAAGUGACUCGGACUCCGAAGCGUUCCUGCCUGAGGCCGGUUCGGCGGCUGCGUCUCCCACCAGCGUGCGCCACUACCUGCCCAAGCCUCGGCCUACUCUGCAGCGGCGAGCCACAGUCACCGGAGCCAGCCCCACCUCGCGGCGACCACCGGCCUCCAUAGAACAGUUGUGGCAGCUGCGCAGCGCCGGCCGCCGAGGCGCCACCGCCUCCCGGUCUCCCUCUCCGGGCUCCGGGGGCAGCCCGCCGCCGUCGCCGCUGAUGCCUCUCACCGCCUCACGGCCCCUCACCUGUAUCGGCGGCCGAGAGAGCCUGGAGGUGCGCGCCGCUCCGCUGUGGCCGCCGGGCAGCAGCGACAGUCUGCCGGCGCGCCCGCCGCCGCCCCGGCCACCCGGAGCGGACAGCGGCCGCCGGCGGGCGGGCCCGGUACCGGAGCAGCCCACCCGGCCCGCACCCCGGACCUCAGUCUCAUCACUGCCCGAACAAGCCGAGCGCACGCCGCCGCCGCCGCCGGCUGAUAAACCGCGACUGGAGAAAACCCAGAGCGCGCCGGCCUACGACGUGGGUCGGAGGGAGGAGAGCUUCGAGCGGGUGCUGCGAGAGCUGCCGCGGCGUCCGGCUAUCGAGGAGGAGACUGAUUCAGAUACCAACGCCGACGGCGACGCAGGCUCGACGACAACGAAUGGUUGCGACGACGGCGGCGACUCUGGACCACUCGCCGCCCCCGCCCCCGCCGCCGCCGCCCCCGCCUCCGUGCGUGCGGAGCUGCCGCUGACACGGGCGGCCCCAGCUGAGCCGACCCCCUCCGCCCCCGUCCCCGCCCCCUCUGUCUGCCCCACACCCGGCACCCAGCCCUUUGGACCGGCCGCCGGCGCCGGCGCCGGUCCCGUCUCGGCCGAGAAGGAUCUGCAAAACUCAGAACACUCUGACUCGCCCGCGCCACUUUCGACCGUCUCCGAGGCUACCUACGAGUCUGGAUCUCCCAUCGAACUUGAGGUCCCCACUGAGUCUGAAGCCGCCGAGCCGAACUCCCUGCCCGAGCCGGGCUCUAACACUCCGCCGGACGUGGGGGAGGAGGAGGCCACAAAGACUCCACAGGAGACUCCAGAGGAGGUAGCAGAGGGGACUCCAAAUACAGAGUCGUCGGAGGCUCCGAGGGCAGAGUGGCCGUCCGGUCGGUCGGCUCCGUCGGACGGGCCGGCGGACGGCUCAGCCGCCGUCCACCCGACGGUGCUGCUCCUCUCCGGGGCGACGGAAGACGAAUCCAGCUCCGACAUGCCCAGUGCGCUGAAGGACGCCUCUCCACUCCGAGAGAUGAUCGAGAAAAUGGACGUGGCUUUCCGCGGCCUGAAGACCUCUCUGAGUGACCUGAGUCGACCGGAGGGGUCACCGCUGACCCCGGACGGCGCGCCGCCCGCUCAGCCCGGCUCCCGCGGGGGACCGGCCGUGCUGCUACGGCAGCAUUCUAGGCUCAGCUUCAAGGGCCGGCGAGUGUCGUGCCGGGACCUGGGUCAGGGCGACUGCCAGGGCUGGCUGCAUAUGAAGAAAGAGGGACGCGGCUUCCUUCACGCCGACAAAUGGGCCAAACGCUGGCUUGUGCUGCAUGGCCAUAAGCUGUACGGCUACAAGGAUAAGGAGUCCCAGCAGGCGGAGACGCUCAUCUCUCUGCCCGGCUACCAAGUGUCGCCGGCCAAUGACAUCCGCUCCAAGCGGCACGCCUUCCGAGUCUACAGUAACGAAAGGUCGGUUGUGUUCGCAUCCGACUCCCAGCUGGACAUGACCAAAUGGAUGAACAAGAUGGGUCUGUCGGCCAUUGCGUACGACUCCACCAAGACGUUCACCACGGGAGGGUUCAGCAGGCCGGACCGCGACGGCACGCAUGUCGAUAUGUACUUCAGCGACACUGAUGACGAGGACAGCAAAAAGAGGACACCACUGAAACGUCCCCCGAUGCAGCGGGGCCGUGUCACCCCCUCACCCACCUCAUCUCUGGACCGGGCGCGACAGAAGCUGCGCAAUUGGCGCACCGGCUCGCCCGUCCCUUCAGCCGGUUCUCUCAGCUCCCUGAGCUCACUGGGCUCCGAGAGACCGGCCAUAAAGAAGAAGCCCAGUCUACGGUUCCUAGCGCGUGUGCGCAGGGAUAGCGGCCAGUCGGCGGCUUCUGUCAGCUCGGUGGUCUCUACAGAGGGCCAGCGGAGGGCCAGUCAGCCGGAGACGUCGGGGGAUAGGGUGAAGGAGGUGAUAACACCACAGAAGUCCGCCCCGCUGUCCGAGAACGACCUCCGACGGCUGGCGUCCCCCGACUCCACGCCAUCUGCUCCCAUCGAGAACCCUCCGUCACCAAGCGCCCCCACCCCCACCCCUGCCGCCCCCACCGUCCGCCGCGCCGCCACCCCUCCCGCAGUACCUGCCAAGCCCGCCUCAGUGGCUGCUGCAGCAGCGGCGAACCGACACGCGGGGCAUACCUCUGCACCAGUAUCUGUGACAGCCCGCUGGUUAGCAUCUCCUGAGGACCCCCGGCGGACCUGUCGACCGGUCAGCCAGCCAGCGGCGGGCAGGGCGCAGCGGCCGGUACCUCCGCCGCGCCGACCGCGGUCUAGGGAUCAGACGCCUGACUAUGUCAACUGGAGGCUGCCUGGCGGACCGUCGACGUCCACACCGGCCGCUGGUGCGUCAAGUCGACAGACGGAGACGGUGAUUCGCAUCGGCGCCGGAGGACGCACGGAAAGAAUCGAGCAGCGCGAGCGACGCCCGGCGGCGGCGCGGUCGGUGGAGAGCUCUCGUGGUCCGACAGCCGAAGGAAGGUUGGUUGCAUCGCUGGUUAGCGGGACACAUACAGUGCCCAGACCGGCGGCGGCGCUGCGACGAGCCGCCAGCGCUGAUACGGACCGACAGGAUCUGCCCGGGUAUAUGCGGCCGACAAUCAGCAGUCGGGCAGGUCGACACAGCGACGGAAGGCUACGACCAGAAGAGCGUCGACCUCCGCUCUCCAAACAGCGCAGUGUGAGCACCUCAGGACUAUCAUCAGCGACUCUGCCGUCCGGCAAACGCCGCGCCAGUGUGGCCUCCGACCAGCCGGUACGGGCGGCGAGUGAGAAUGGUGGGUCCCUACCGCGCCGUCCGCCUCCCUCCCGGCCCAGGGGACAUACCCUGACCCGAGCGGCAUCCGAGGGACCCCCAGAGAGGACCGCCACGUCGCCGACACGCGCCGGGCUCGAGCGGACGUCCGAGCCACCUCUGGGAGGCGCCAUCCCAGAGGAGACGGUGGCUAGGGUCACGUCUGAACCCGUCACAGUGGCUACCACAGGCAGCAGUCCGGCUCACCCUGUGGCGCGUCCUGUGACAGUCACAGUCAGCCAUGGAACCACUGUGGACACAGGUGUGGGUCAGUCGGACGAGCGCCUCCUUUCACCAGGCUCCAGCCGGCGGGGUGGCUCCGCCCCCACCCGGCCUCUCUCGCCGCCUGACGACCCACGCCGACUCAAGAAGACGUCACAGUACGAAUGUCCCAGCUGGUCUCCCAUGGCUCGUCACGCGGAGGAAGCGCGCAUGAGGUUCGCGUUCGAGAUGGAUCUAGACGGCGGUGGGGACGACGUAUUCGAACCGGCAGGGGUGUCACGGCCGCGGCCACCGCCGCGACUGGCCAAGUCGGCCUCGGCGUCUCAAGUGUCGAUGGGCAGCGGUAGAGAGCGGCCCUCCAUUACCAUUCAGGUGCAGUCGGAGGGCGCCGCGAUCGGUGCUGAGGAGCCACGCACGCCCAGGAAGCCAGCCAUGGGAGUCAGCAUGAUCGGGAAGCAGCGGCGCACUCCCACCUCCACCUCCUCCUCGCCCCACUUCGUCUUCCCGUCCGCCCCGCUGUCCCCCUCCGGCAGCCCCAGCCCCGGGCCGGGCGCCGAGACCACUGGCAUCAGUCGCGGCAUCGCUGCGCACGGCACACUAUCCCCUCCGCCGGCGCUGGCUAAGUCACAAACCAGCCCGGCGCUGGGCUGGGGUCUGCGCGUGCUGCCGCGCUACGGUCUCCAGUAUCCACCCGUGUUUACCCCGGAUACAUACUCCCUGGAGCAGAUGUCAGGCAGCGCUGCCGAGACUGCGUCCCUGGGACCGGCGUGGGCGGACCGCUGCUACGCGGACUCGGCCACACAGACUGAGGCGGGCCGGGCGGAGGGCGCCGCCUCGCUCGCACCACCGACGUCCACUACAGGUGACGGGGCGCGGACUCUGCGCAGGAAGAACACGCUCAAGGGUCGCCGGCGCCGCGGCUCGCUACGUACAGAGGGCAUGCUACGACUGCUGGCUCUCCAGCGCGCCGUCAAGGCCAAGCAGGCAGAGGUGGACUCCAUCAGUGACCUGUUACGGACGCCCGUCACCCACGCGCGACUGGAGCGCUGGCUCAGCGAGAACCAGGGCCUGCUGGACCGGGCCGGGUCGGCACCCGACCAUGACGGAGAGACGGGCAGCCAGAUAUAGGAGAGACAAGGGCGUGGGGUCUUGCUGAAUUGAAUAGAAGUGACCGUGUAUUCUUGCUGAAGAGACUAAUGUAUAUUGCUGGCCAAGCGAGUCAGGAGCAUGAAACUGUGCUGUGGGGACUUGAUUGACACGAUUGCGCUACUUUGAUUGAUAAAUGUUGCCGUGAACCCCGCUAUAGGAGAGCUGUGGAUGUAAAACCCGGGUUUAUAAUGGCCCAGAAAGGAAGAAUUGGGGUGUACGGCGUACGCGACCGAUGUGGUGUACCUUUGGAACCAAGACAGCGUUUAUCGUUGGCUGUCGUGGAUUAUGGUUUUUGUGGAUUUUUGGAAUGGUGUAUGCGCUGUAAUAUCAGAAUCAAGUUAACUACUUUUGAUACUGUGAGAGUGUUGAUACGAUUGUAAUUCCGCUUCUUGCUGCAUUGAUGAAUCAGGACGUUGAUGACCGCCGUGCGUUAGUUGUUAGUUUUGUGAGCGGUGCUGUGUGCUCGCAGCUUAAGUGUCCAUUGGUGCUUUUUGAUUUUAUUGUGGUGUCCGCUGUAGCCCUGCGUUCAUAAACGAUGUGAAUUGAAGCCCUGCGUUCAGAGUAAGAUGUCCGCUGGACCCUUGUGUUCGCCGUUAGAUGUCCCUGUGUUAACGGUUUAAUGUUCUCGAUGGAGUCAUGCCCGCUGACUGCUUAUAUACCGCUCGCGUGCAGAGAUUCGGUGACAAGUCUGGGAGCGCCGCGCUGCCGAUUUGGAGCGGACUGAGGGCUGUGAGGCGGCGGGUCCAUGUUUAAUCCUACUGUGACGGUCACCGCGCCGCAAAGUGCGCUAUAACCCGUGUCCUUACUACGAGUCGGGUAUUGCUGUAAUACCAGGCGUGCCUCUCACGCCUCUCGAGUCGUCCGCUCGCCUCCCACUGCCUGGCCCGGCCGGUCGCUGGCUGUGUGUCUACCUAUGUGUCUAUAGUGAGCCGUCCUCGGGCGGCAUAAUCACCCUUACGUAUAUCAAACGGACAGCCCGCCUGUCCUCUGCGCCGCGAGGGGUCCCAGUUCGGACCAUUCUCGGUCCAAUUCUGCCGCGGUCAACCGACCAUUGGUCCAUGUGAACUGCUUAUUAAUAUCUGCGUGUGUAUUGUAUAGCAAUAUGUACGAUUUUUGACGUGUUAUGAGAUAGAUACGUGGACAUUUUUCCUGGAUAUGAAUAUUUUGAUGUUAAGUCGUAUGCCUCUUCCGCUAUAAUUCCCAAUCCAAUCAUAUUUGUGAUUGUUAUACCACACUCGAUUAAGAAAAUACAAACAUAUCUCAACAAUG